AUGGCUCUGUACAAACUCGGUCUCUGGACAAGCCUUUUGGCUACAUUCCACACUGCCUCUGCCAAGUUGAACCUGAACAGCCAGUCCAACAUUGCCAUCUACUGGGGCCAAAAUUCCCAUGGAGCAUCCACCGGUCUCGCUGCACAGCAAAGACUGUCCUACUAUUGCCAGAACGCCGAUUUUGAUGUCUACCAACUCGCGUUUGUCACCAGAAUCAGCGGCACCGGCGGUGUCCCCGAAGUCAACUUUGCCAACGCAGGCGACAACUGCACCACGUUUGCCGGCACAAACCUGCUCAGUUGUCCUCAGAUAGAAGAAGAUAUCCCAAUCUGCCAAUCCCUCGGCAAAACCAUCCUUCUCUCCAUCGGCGGCGCAACCUACACAGAAGGCGGCUUCACCAGCGACUCGGCCGCCAUCGCAGGAGCCAACAGUCUCUGGCAGACGUUCGGCCCUGCUACCAACGCCUCCACCCUGCGCCCCUUCGGCAAAGCCGUCAUCGACGGCUUCGACUUUGACUUUGAGUCCACCGUCUCCAACAUGCCCACCUUCGCCAACCAGCUCCGCUCCCUCUUCCAGUCCGACACCUCAAAGCAAUACUACAUCACCGCCGCCCCUCAAUGCCCCUACCCCGACGCCGCCGACGGCCCCAUGCUCAACGGCGCCGUCUCCUUCGACGCCAUCUGGGUCCAGUUCUACAAUAACUACUGCGGCCUGCAGGCCUACGUCCCCGGCUCAUCAUCCCAGAAUAACUUCAACUUCGCCACCUGGGAUACCUGGGCCAAGACCGUCUCGCUCAAUAAGAACGUCAAGGUCUUCCUCGGUGUGCCGGGUAGCUCUACCGCCGCAGGCAGCGGGUAUGUUUCUGUCGAUACGCUGGCGGGGAUCAUCUCGUACGUCAAGGGCUUCUCGUCCUUUGGCGGUGUCAUGUCCUGGGACGCGAGCCAGGUUAUGGCCAAUAGUGGGUUCUUGCAAGGGGUGCGAGCAGCGCUAGGUUCGGGGUCGGGAUCGAGUACGAGUUCGACUCACGACGAGUGUCCCAACGACCUUGACGACUGCGACCUCGACCACGACCACGACGAGCACGACGGCAACUCCGACCGGUAG